GGCUCUAGCGUCCCUUGCGGCCCGCGGCGGCACGGAAGCCUCUCUAGGUGCGCGGCGUCUCUAUGGUGGAGCGGGCGGAGCGCGAGGAAGAUGGCGGCGCCCGCGGAGGCCGCUGAGGAGCGGGCUUCGGGGGGUCCUCGGCCCCCAGUGUGUCUGUUGGUGUUAGGAAUGGCGGGAUCUGGGAAGACCACCUUUGUACAGAGGCUUACUGGACAUCUGCAUAGCCGAGGCUCUCCACCUUAUGUGGUUAAUCUGGACCCGGCUGUACAUGAAGUACCCUUUCCUGCCAAUAUUGAUAUUCGUGACACUGUGAAGUAUAAAGAAGUCAUGAAACAGUACGGGCUUGGGCCAAACGGCGGUAUAGUGACCUCACUCAAUCUCUUUGCUACCAGAUUUGAUCAGGUGAUGAAAUUUAUUGAGAAGGCCCAGAACAUGUCUAAAUAUGUCUUGAUUGACACACCUGGACAGAUUGAGGUUUUCACGUGGUCAGCUUCUGGGACAAUCAUCACUGAAGCCCUGGCAUCCUCAUUUCCCACAGUUGUCAUAUACGUCAUGGAUACAUCAAGAAGUACCAAUCCAGUGACCUUCAUGUCCAAUAUGCUCUAUGCCUGCAGCAUCUUGUACAAAACCAAGCUGCCUUUCAUUGUGGUUAUGAAUAAAACUGACAUCAUUGAUCACAGCUUUGCAGUGGAAUGGAUGCAAGAUUUUGAAGCUUUCCAAGAUGCCUUGAAUCAAGAGACUACAUAUGUCAGUAACCUGACUCGUUCAAUGAGCCUGGUGUUGGAUGAGUUUUACAGCUCACUUAGGGUGGUGGGUGUGUCUGCUGUUCUGGGUACAGGCUUAGAUGAACUCUUCGUGCAAGUCACCAGUGCUGCAGAAGAAUAUGAAAGGGAGUAUCGUCCUGAAUAUGAACGUCUGAAGAAGUCACUGGCCAAUGCACAGAGCCAGCAUCAGAAGGAACAACUGGAACGCCUUCGGAAAGAUAUGGGCUCUGUAGCCUUGGACACAGGGACUGCCACAGACAGCUUAUCUCCUGCACUUGACCCUUCUGACUUGAUCCUGACUCGGGGAACUUUGGAUGAAGAGGAUGACGAAGCCGACAGUGAUACUGAUGAUAUUGAUCACAGAGUUACAGAGGAAAGCCGUGAAGAGCCAGCAUUCCAGAAUUUUAUGCAAGAAUCAAUGGCACAGUACUGGAAGAGAAACAACAAGUAGUUUCUAGAAGUCUGAAAUUUUGGAACCCUGAAGGAACUAUCCUAACCUCUGAUGGGGGCUACUAUAAAGGACAAUUUUGUUCAGAGUAGCAGUGUUUCUCUUAUAGGGAAAUUUGACUCAGAUGCAGCCAGGGAUACAAGACCAUUGGACCUAACAGGCUUCACGUUUUAUCAUUUCAACUUAAGUACUUUUGCUGCUGAUGGAUGGAACAGAGAGAACUUACUAUUCACCUCAAAUCUCUAUUAGGCUGGAUCUGUAUUCUACUCUCCCGUCUUGCCCUUGACCCUGUACCAUGAAUUCCCCUCCUUUUAGCAGAAAGGGCGAGAGGAAUCAUGAGCUUCCCAGGGUGGCAGCAGUCUGCUUGGCAACCAGUCAAUGUUGGCUACAAAAGGUGCCUCACACGAAGUACCUCAUUGUAGAAUAACAGGUUCAUUGAAGAAGGUGAGCAAAACAUAGGAUUAAUGAAUAAGAAUCCUGCUUUGGAUGGUGACUUGGAUAAAGAGUUUUAAAUUUUAACUUUAAGUCUGCCUGUCAUAAUUUCAAAUAAGAAAAUUAUGUAAUUGCAAGUAGGUUCGCUUCUAUUCAACACAGAGGUUUAAAGCCACGUGUCCAAACCUGUCUCAGUAAAAGAGGGGAUGUUUACUAAAGUCUCUCUUGUAAAUAAACCAAGUAACUGAUACAGAGCCAGGCACCGUUUGUAUUAUACAUUAACCUUAAGGCAAAGUAUCUUUUGUAAUUUACUCAAAGGCCAUGGAUUUGGGUCAGGUGCAUAUUCCAUAUAUAAAUAAUGACCUUGGUAGGGUUUGCCCUGCCUCCACAUUCUUCACAGGACACAGUAAAACUGCGUUUCUCUCAGGAAAGUUUAUCCCUGCCUAACCUGUACUCCAAUUCAGUGGUUCUCAAGUGUGGUCAUUGGAUCAGAAGCAUCGGCAUGACCUGGGGAAUUGUUAGAGACACAACACUCAAGAUCUGAAUGAAACUGUGGGUGUGGGACCUAGAAAUCUGUUUUAAUAAGUCCUUCAGAGGAUUCCCAUGUACAUGAAGUUUGAGAACCACUGCCCUAACUACCAUAGCCUGUGACAGUUCCAGGCCUUGAGAAUCUCCAGUAUCUCAAAACGACCUGCUAUAUCAGAGUACCUAACCUUAACCAUCUGGUGCCUAUUCUCCAAUGUAAAUAUUCCAAAAAGUAUUUUAUUUUGCCAUUAAGUAUUAAUUUCAGUGUUCUAUACCUGUCGAUUAUAAGCCUAUAUCGAUCUAUAGGUAUCUAUACUUAGAGAUAUUAAUUUCAAUAUUCUAUAUCUAGAAACCACUAGGCUAAAACUUUGAACGGUUCAAAAGGAAACCAUCUGCAAAGCAAGACUCUGAACAUACUUGGUUUUCCCCUUUUAGUGCCUUUGAAUACUUCUUUAAAAAAUAAUUUGUCUGGAGGUGCCCGAGUCGCUCUGUUGGUUAAGCAUCUGACUCGAUUUCAACACAGGUCUUGGUCUCAGGGUCGUAAGUUCAAGCCCCAUACUGGGUGUGGAGCUUACUUAAAAAAAAAAAAAAAAAAAAAGCCCUAUUCCUUAAGCUCUAUUUUAUAAGGACAGAGAGAAAGUCUUCCUUAUCUUUGUAUACCUUGUACAAAAACCAAUACAUAAUUGGUGUUCAAUAAGUGUCUGCCAACUGAAUGAAUUAAAUGCUAGAUGACUACUU